CAUCGCUUCUAUGAACACUUCCGGUAACCGAUUCCGCUGUGAUAAAGGCCUAUUACAAACAAAAAUGGCAGCCUCCGAAACAGCCCCUAAACAAGAAGGAGGCUUUCAUGGUCUUUCUGAAUGCACAGUAAUACUGGGUGGGCAAGAAGACUGAUGAAAAUGUCUUGACAUCAAACAUUCAUGCUGGGAAUUUCUACCGUUUGUUUUCUUCAAAUUAGGGUUUCCACUGAUGAUGGAUGGCAAUGAAAUUAUCCAUCAUGCUCAUGAAAUUGAGAAGCUCAACCGUGAGGGUAACUACAACGACACCCUGUCUCUGCUGAAGGACCUGGAGCAUGCACGGGUCACAGUGGAGUUGCUUCAGGAAACAGAUGUGGUCAAAGUCCUAUACCAAGUCCUCAAAUCAUGCCCAGUGGCCACAGUAAAAAAAACAGUCAAGCUUUUACUGUCAAAGUGGAAGAGAUUGUUCAGCAAGACUCACCCCUCCACAGGAGACAGCAGUCACCAAAAAUGCAACACUGUAGAACUGACCAGAGUCACAGAGGAAAAUGGGAAAAUGGCUUGUCUGUUAGGUGAUAGCCCCAGUGCCUGUUUUCUUGCUGACAGCAGUGUCCUGCAGGGGGAUCAGCAUGACAGAGCUGACUGCAUGGCUUCAGAGCAGAUCUUGAGCUGCGUAGAGAGUCUGAGUGAUCACCAGGCACAACAUCACAGAACACUUAAGAGGGUCGAGACCGAGGGAGAGACACAGAAUGAUGGAGGAAGAAGUGUCACCACAGUGCCACCAGCGCUGUUCCCACAGGAGAGUCCAGGGGUGUCUGCAAUCACCUCAGCAACUCAUACAUCCCAGUAUGACACAGCCUCCUCCCUGAGGUCCAAAUGCGCCCAGCUGCUCCUCCAGGCUCUUGUUCCAGAGGCAGUGGGUGGGGCUGAGUGUGCCCCUCAGCACAUGGCAUUGGCUCACUGCAUCGAGGAGCAUAUCUUCACCCUGCACAGUGCAAACCUGCCCAAGUACAAGGCCUGUGUGAGGAACAAGGUGUCCAACCUGAGGAACCCCAAGAGCCCUCACCUGCGGCAGGGUCUGCUGAGUGCGCAGCUGGGGCCUGAGGCCUUUGCCAGGAUGUCCACCAUGGAGAUGGCUGACCCUGAGCUGAGGGCGCUGAGGGAGGAGUACAUGGCGUGGGGCAUCCGCGAGCGCCAGCGCCCCCUAGAGGUGGAGGGCACCCCCACCGAUAAGAUCCGCUGCAGGCACUGCAACCAAUUUGACUGCAGGGUGACGCAGAUCUCCAGGGGAACGCUGUUCCUGCCAGGGUGGGUGCGCAACAGAGGAUGCGAUGUGGACAUGAUGACAUUUGUGACCUGUGCCAUCUGUGGGGAGAAGUGGUAUCACUCUGCCUGGAUCUGUCUGUGAACAGGUUGUAGCUAGUAUCAUAAUUUCCUGUUCGAUUUUUCAUACAGUGUCUAAAUAAAAUCGACUCUGAAUAUAGGUCUGUUUUUAUUUUUCAUUAACAUCUUGAAAUAUGCAUUUUCAUCUCUCAACAAAACUUGGAGCUGGUGGUUAGGUUCAGCUACAGAAAAGCAAUCCGCUGGUUGCACAAUCACUUCUGCAUUCUAGUUAUUACUGCUCAGUUGUUUCCGGUUCAACAAUGGCGACUUUCUACACCCGCUGUCUACAAAGAGCUACCAAAGUUGAACAUCACCGAUGUUCAUCAGAUUUGCAGGAUGACUAAAGCCCCAACCAGCAAAUUAGACAAAGGAUUUAAAUUAUAUUCCUCAUGGGCCACACCGCCGAAUGGGUGCCAUUUGCUUGUAACUCUUCCAAAUUAAAAUUCAUUUGUUUUCCCCUCAAGAAAGUGUUUAUUUUAAAGAAAUGGUUGGUUACAUGUUCCAAUAAUUAAU